AUGAAGUUUCCAGUUGGGAUUACUCCUCCUGCUCCUAAUAUGGUUUGUCGUUUAAAGAAAUCUCUCUAUGGUCUUCGUCAAGCUUCACAACAGUGGUAUGCUCGUCUCACUGCUUCUCUCAAUUUUAAAGAAAUCUGGGGAUUCUAUUUCUUCGGUGUCUGUGUUGAUGAUAUACUUCUUACGGGUAACAAUGUGGCAGAACUAGAUGAUUUGAAAUUGUUUCUAGAUGAUGAAUUCAAAAUCAAAGACUUAGGACACUUAUCUUAUUUUUUGGGAAUAGAGGUUCUUCGUGAGUCUUCUGGGCUCAUCCCGACUCAGCGCAAAUUUGCCCUUGAGCUUCUUUCUAAAUUCGAUUGCCUUGGCCUGACCUCUACUUCUUCCUCUCUGGAUCCUUCCGUUAAGUUGCAUGCUGAUGAUGGUACUCUUCUUCCUGACCCUACUGUGUAUCGUCGCAUUUUUGGGAAAUUAAAUUUUUUGACACACACUCACCCAGAUUUGAGCUUUGUCGUUCAGCACUUGAGCCAAUUUAUGCAGGCCCCACGUGUUUCUCACUUAUCUGCUGCUUUCCACUGCCUUCGUUAUCUGUUGCUUGACCCUGGCAUGGGCUUGUUCAUGUCUGCUGCCCCGUCUCUUGAUUUGAUGGCUUUUUGCGACUCUGAUUGGGGUUCUUGCCCGGACUCUCGCCGUUCUAUUAGUGGAUCUAUGCGUCAGGUGGUCGCUGAACUCACUUGGCUUGUUCGUCUGCUUGAUGACCUUUCUAUUCCACCAUCCUUGUCGGUUCCCCUUCACUCUGAUAGUCAGGUGGAGAUCCACAUCGCCACAAAUCCGGUCUUUCAUGAACGCACGAAGCAUGUGGAGCUUGAUUGCCACUUUGUGCGUCAGCAGUUUUAG